AUGUCCACAUUAGCGGUCGGGCGAGUGCCAUCGGUCGUGGCCGACACUGACGGACGGGCCGGGGCCGCCGUCGCAGUUGUCAGUGGUGACGGAAGCCGCCGUUGGAACGAGUCAAUAAUUUUUACGCCAACCAGUACCGUGAGGGUCGUUACCGUGGCACUGACGGAUCGCCUGGUCCGGCCGGUUCGGCUGGCUGGUCAUUAA